AUGGCCGCCGCCACGAGCUGUCGCCGCGUCGCGCUCGGCGGUUUGGCCGUUGGCGGCGGGGCCGCGGCGCAAUGGCGGCGGCGGCGGCUGUUGCUGCCGCCGGACGGCUGCGUGCUGCGGUUGGCGCCCGCCCGCGGUGCUGCGGCGGAGCCCGGGCCCUGCCGGACGGUGACGGUGGAUGUGGGGGGCAGAAAGAUGGAACUGUCUUCUGGAAAACUUGCUAGAUUUGCUGAUGGAUCUGCUGUUGUUCAGCUAGGUGACACAGCAGUAAUGGUCACAGCAGUCAGUAAAACUAAGCCUUCUGCCUCUCAGUUUAUGCCAUUAGUGGUUGACUACCGUCAGAAAGCUGCUGCAGCAGGAAGAAUUCCUACAAACUAUCUAAGAAGAGAACUGGGUUCCACUGAUAAAGAAAUUCUUACAAGCAGAGUAAUAGAUCGGUCAAUCAGACCACUCUUUCCAGUAGGCUACUUUUAUGAUACACAGAUCCUUUGUAAUCUUUUAGCAGUAGACGGUGUCAAUGAUCCUGAUGUUCUGGCAAUUAAUGGAGCUUCUGCAGCACUUGCGCUAUCUGAUAUCCCAUGGAAUGGUCCUAUUGGUGCAGUAAGGGUAGGAAUGGUUGAUGGAGAAACUAUUAUCAAUCCAACUCGAAAACAGAUGUCUUCUAGUGCUUUAAAUUUAGUUGUUGCUGGAGCUCCACAAAAUCAAGUUGUUAUGUUGGAAGCAACUGCCGAGAAUAUAUUGCAACAAGACUUCUGUCAUGCCAUCAAAGUAGGGGUGAAGCAUACCCAGCAAAUAAUUCAGGGAAUUCAACAACUAAUGAAGGAACGGGGUGUUGUCAAGAGAACCGUUCAGAAGUUAUUUGUUGCUCCUGAAGAGAUAGUGGAAUGUGCAAAGAAACUUGCUUUUAACAAGAUCUAUGCGGUGUUCACAGAUUCUAGCCAUGAUAAAGUUUCUAGAGAUGAAGCAAUUAACAAGAUAAGGCUUGAAACAGAAGAACAGCUGAAAGAAAAAUUUCCAGAGGCUGAGCCUUAUGAAAUCAUGGAAUCUUUCAAUGUGGUUUCAAAGGAUAUUUUUAGGAAUCUUGUUCUGAGUGAAUAUAAAAGGUGUGAUGGGAGAGAUUUGACUUCCCUCAGAGAUAUUAAAUGUGAAGUGAACAUGUUUAAAACGCUUCAUGGAUCAGCCUUAUUUCAGAGAGGUCAAACGCAGGUUCUCUGUACAGUUACAUUUGACUCUAUAGAAUCAAGUGUAAAAUCAGAUCUUAUCUCAACAGCAGUGAGUGGAAUAAAAGAUAAAAACUUCAUGCUGCAUUAUGAGUUUCCUCCUUAUGCAACUAAUGAGAUUGGCAAAGUUACUGGUAUGAACAGAAGAGAACUUGGACAUGGUGCACUGGCAGAAAGAGCUUUGAAACCAAUUAUUCCCCAGGAUUUCCCAUUCACAAUACGAGUAACUUCUGAAGUCUUAGAGUCAAAUGGGUCAUCUUCAAUGGCUUCUGCAUGUGGUGGAAGUUUGGCAUUAAUGGAUGCAGGAGUUCCAGUAACAAGUGCAGUGGCAGGUGUAGCAAUAGGUCUCAUUACCAAAUGCAGUCUGGAAAAAGGAGAUAUAGAGGACUAUCGCUUGCUGACAGACAUCCUGGGAAUUGAAGAUUACUAUGGUGAUAUGGAUUUCAAGAUGGCGGGUACUAAUAAAGGAAUAACUGCCUUGCAGGUUGAUCUAAAACUGCCAGGAAUACCAAUAAAAAUUGUAAUGGAAGCUAUUCAGCAAGCUACAGUUGCAAAGAGGGAGAUUUUACAAAUUAUGAACCAAACGCUGGCAAAACCCAGACCUAACAGAAAAGAAAGUGGACCAGUUGUAGAAACUAUCCACGUUCCAUUAUCAAAAAGGUUAAGAUUUGUUGGUCCUGGGGCCUAUAAUUUGAAGAAACUUCAAGCACAGACUGGUGUAACUGUAAGUCAGCUGGAUGAAGAGACGUAUUCUGUGUUUGCCCCCACACCUAGUGCUAUGCAUGAAGCAAGAGAAUUUAUCCAUGAAAUCUGCAAAGAUGAUCAGGAAGUUAAUUUGGAAUUUGGUGCAGUUUAUACAGCCACGAUAACUGAAAUAAGAGAUUCUGGAGUGAUGGUAAAAUUGUAUCCAAACAUGACACCAGUGUUACUUCAUAAUUCACAACUUGAUCAAAGAAAGAUUAAACAUCCUAGUGCCCUGGGAUUAGAAGUUGGACAAGAAAUUCAGGUUAAAUACUUUGGACGUGAUCCGACUGAUGGUAGAAUGAGGCUUUCGCGUAAAAUUCUACAGUCUCCAGCCACAACUGUGCUUAAAACCCUAACUGACAAAAACAGUAUUGUCCUGGGAGGUACGGUUCCACAGUCGUCUACUUCAUCCCAGUGACAGGAAAAAAGGCGUGAUAGUUCAUGGAUAUACAAGCGACCUUUGCUAGAAUCUGUAGAUGUCUUCGCAAGAAUCUGCAGGUCAAUGGUAGUGAAUCAUAUUUUUAAAAUAGACACUAUUUAUGCUUAAAGGUGAUGUAGAACUUGAAAGUCUUCAAAUGGAUUAAAAACUCGUUUAAAAGAAAAACAGAAACAACCAAUGCUCUUAUCUUGUGUAGCAAGGGUGAGAAUCUAAGAACGUGGAAUUGUAUAGACUGAAGAGCGGAUUACAUUUCAGUGCCUAAGAUUCUUCUCGCUGUCAUCUCAAAAUAAAAGUGCAAAGAUGAGAAGCAAGUAUUUAACAAUUACUUCCUGGGAGAAGGAAUUCUCCUGUGUACUUGGCUGAUGAGAUAUGACAGUAGUUGAGAGGCACAGUUGGCCAAGGUUUUACUGGCUUUCCAGUGUACAAGACUGAAAUGUUGAGCAAAACAUUGCUCAAGACUUAGAAGUAUCACCUUUAACGCGAUUGACGCUGUUUCAGAUAAAUAUAUCAAUAACUGUCUUAGGGUUCAGACUUGUUAAAUAUCUGAGCAGAAGGGGGACAAAACAAAGAACCUGGCUGAAACAUCAUUGUUUGUUAUCUGGGUUCAUUAACACUGAAUUUUAAAAUAUAUAAUGAAAACAUUAAGAUUAAAAUAACUGUUUUGGAAUAAACAAUUGAUGUGGUAAAUCAUCCCCCUAAACCCUCCUCAUUAAGAGUGUUAGAAUUCCUGCAUUGAUUACGUUCCAUCAAUGGAUGGAAGUCUUUUAGACUUCAAAACAUUUCCAAAACGUUUCCCAGGGGCUCACAAGAACUACUUGUUUUUCUGCUGUGAGGUACAGACCUUGAAAAUCAAAGAGGUGUCCCUUCUGAUGUUCACCAAUUUGUAGAUAGACCUAAUAAGCAAAUCAGCUUCCCACCUGAUGGCAAGUGGGCUCUGGACCUCCUGAAAGAAAAAACAAAACACUGGGGAGAGGAGAAAUGUGAAUGUACAGUAAAAAUUGUUCUGCCUUUUUUUUAUUCUAAGUUAAAAUAUUAAAGAAGACAAAAAUGAUUGGCUGA